CCAAUUAUGUAGAAUACCCCUAAUUUUUCUCUGCAACGGACGCUUGUUUUCAAGAAGUUAUUUACAAUUUUGUAGUCGGAGAUGUAUCGCACGGAUAAACAGUUUAUGAAAAAUCCGGCGACGGCCGCUCAGCGCAUAUACAUCGGCAAUUUGCCUAAAACCGUCGUCGCGGAGGAUUUGGAGGUUAAAUUCAAAAGACACGGCAAAAUUCUCGGCCUCGUUGUAAAUGGGGGAUUCGCGUUUAUCCAGUACGAAGCCGAUUACGAGGCGCACGCCGCGAUCAAAGCAGAAAACGGCGUCAUGAUGCAGGGCCGCAAGAUAGUCGUCAAACAAGCUUUUGCGCCAAACCAAAAAACUCCCCCUCAAUACAAAUUUGGGCCCCAACAACCACAACAACUACAGGCUAAAAUGGAGCCUUCUGGGGUGUUCGACAAACCGCCGCCUCCUGUACAGCAACCGAAACCUGCCGCGCUCGAGAAAGACCCAGACCCGGUAGAUCCCAAACCAAAGUUCCAGCCGCCAAAGCGGGAAGCAGAGCCGCAGGACGAAGAAAUGGACGUCGCGCCUACCAUCAGGCCUCCGCCGCCGCAAAAGUUCGACGACGACGACAGGGGACAUAAAAGAGGCGGAAGGGGCAAUCGGGGACGGGGCCGAAAUAGAUCAAGAGACGCUUUCGAUCAUCCAAAGGAACAUCCGUUUCCGGACCGGCCGGGAUUCGGCCCCGGUUUCGGCGGUCGCGGCGAUUACGUCGACAAAUAUGGACCGCCCCACUCCUUGGACGUCGCGCCGCCUCCGGAGAGAAACGACUGCGAGAUUAUCGUCGUGUCCAGGGCUUUGACGGAAUACGCGGAAUUUAUAGAGUCGAAGCUCAAACAGCUUGGGCUGAUCGUGGACUUGCUGUUUCCUAACGAGGACGUGCCUAUAGGGCGAGUGUUGGCCAAUAUCUCCAGCCGGGGUUGCCUCUAUGCCAUGCUCGUCAUGCCCCAGAAUGAGGAGCACCGCAGUUUGACUUUAAACAUCCUCCAUGGCAUACCUCAAGAACACCGAAACAUGCCCGUAGAGGACGCGCUGCUGCUCGUGUCUCGUAAUUUCGAGGCUUACAUGAGGGGCGACACACUGCAGCCCGAAGAUCCGAACAAAAUGAGCAUAACGGACCGUCAUCCGGUCCCGAUCCAGAUGAUGUUCAACCUGCUGGCGGAGAACCGCAUGCUGACGACUGCUCAGUACGACCGUUUGCUCAAGUAUCUGCAGGAGCGUCGCGACCUGCAGCACGAGCACGAGGUGGCGGAGGGUGUGGUGCAAGAGUCGGACGACUCGAAUUCCAAACAGGCGGAGCUGCAGAACCGCAUCCUGAAUAUCCUGAACAAGUCGAGCGAGCCGAUCAUCCCGACGUCGAUAACUGCACCCGAACCGGAGGGCGUGUCUGCCCCCACCCCUUUGCUGAAGGACCCGAGCGUCCAGAAGGCGCUGGACAGUUUGUUAACGGGCGACAUGUUCAAGAGCAUCGCGGGUGCGAUUUAAGAUAAGGUGGGGGAGAUUUUAACAUUGGGGGGGGGGGGGGUAGAAGUAUUGUAGUCGAUAAGUGAUGUUUUAAUUACAAAAGAAAACAUCGAUAUAUUUUGGAGUUUCGUUCAAAGACCUUUGAUUCUUGAUCCUCAAAGGGAAAAAUUUUAUACAGGGCGUUAUUGAAAUGAAGUAUAAUUUAAUAAUAAUAAUAAUAUAAUAUAUACGCUAUAAAUCAAAUUUUGAUUUUAUUAAUUUUAUGUAAGUAGAUAGCCCUAAUUCCCUCAUUUAACUGGUAAUAUUAUUCCAUAUCUUUAUUGCCACAUAAGUAAAAGAUCUCUGAAAUGCUGACUCUCUACGAGGAAUAAGGUAAGUUAGGUUAUUUCUUGUUCUUUGGGAAUAUGGUAGAAGUUGGAACAUCUCAUUAAGAUAAGCUGGUUUACCUGAGUUCAUAAACAAAUCUGUACAUAUGCAGUUUUCAUCCUUUACCCAUGUUUAAAAUAUUAAAUUUAUUCAGAAAAGGAGAUAUAUGAGGUAAGCUAUUUUAUAGGCAAAACGAGUUUUGCUAUUUUUGUAUUCACUUUUUAGUUUGCCAAAACAGACAGUCUCGAUAUAGGCGUAAUCAAAUAAUGAAAGAAAAUAUUUUUGUUUUGAAUUUAAAAAUUGCUUUAAUCUGUAAAUGUUCUUAAGGGGUGACUUUAAUUUUUUUUUAAUGUGAAAAUCAAAUUUUAGAGAAUUGUCAAAAGUCACACCUAAUUUUUUUGCUGGGUUUACAACUGGAAUAAAAUUAUUUUCAAUGUCAACGUAGAUUUUUCGUUCAAUGUCCUUGUUUUUAUUGAUGAUAAUUUGGAAUUUUUGAGGGUUAAGUUUUAGGUUGUGAUUUGUUGCAAAUAAGUUCAAGUUGUUAAGAUCUGCGUUAUCUAACAAGUAAUUCAUAUCAAGAUAUCCAUUAAGAAUAAUAUGUAUUUGGGACUAAACAAAGAAUUCCUUCCAAAGAAUCUAAGAAAAUUGAAGCCUACUUGAUGGUGGUCGAUAGAUAAGAAAACUAAAAAAAGAAAAGAUUCUUUUUUUAGUUGUAAAGAUACUGCAGAGGAUUCAAGAUAAUGGAUUUUGAAGUUGUCUUUUUCAUAUUGAAUAUAUUUUUUAAAAUAAAACCCGAUCCCCUCUGCCCGAUCUGCUCUAUCCUUAAAAAAUUAUAUCCAGGAAUAUCGAAACAGUUGCUCGAAAUGUUUUCAUUUCAUCACGUUUCAUUUAAGCAAUAUAUGUCAAAUUUAUUAUAAAAAAUUAGUUUGAAACUUCGUAAAAUCCUGUAUUUAGUGAUCCAACAUUUAAAAGACCCACAGAAAAAUAUUCCUUAUUAUUAAACUCAUUGUUGUUAAUAAAGUUUAGAUUGUCUUCCACACGCCGAUUAAAAUGA